GAAGGAUAGAGUAUACAGAAAGGAUGGCAAGGUUUGAGGGCGCCGAAGAGAUUAAUGACAAGCUGUCGGCACCUCUGAAUGAUCAAGAAUCUGACAUAUGCAGUGAGGGUUUGUUUACCUAGACCUUGGAGAAUUAGGCUUUUACCACAUAGAGCCAUUUGAGAUAAAAAAUGUAUAAUACAAGGCUGGUUGAAUCUUAUUUAUUUGCGCACCAAAUGGACAGCUCUUCCCCCUGCCAUGCGCAGGCCGAUAUCUCCCCAGAGCAAAUCAGAUGGCAUCAAACCACACUCUGCAAAGUCCCUUUUCGUCCUGCACGUAAACCACCCUCUUUUACCAUCGAGCGAGGUCGGCUUCUAUCGGCUCAGCACGACCAGUGCUGGGAGGUACAGGCCCAAAGUUUGUCACAGGCACCUUCCUAGGCUUUCCGAGGUAUCUGCCACUGCGAAAGAGAUAAAAAAAAAAAGCGACAGGUUUGAUGGUCUUGGAAUCUCCAGCUUAAUCCUUUUCCUCGCCUCGCAGGUAAUGCUUAACUCCUUCGAUGCUCAAUCCUUUGAUGCUCACUCAGCCCUUCGCGCCGCAUGUAGGACAUUCGCCUCCUUUGAUACCGUCGCCGUGGCAAGUUUCGCAGGAAGGAGACAUAUUUUUGUUUAAUAGAGUGAAGAGGAUAUUGGUGGUAUAAUGCGCGACUCUAAUAAUUUUCAAGAUAUACGGACAAAAGUGCCGUUGCGUGGAAAGGGAGAUGUCGAUCGAAGUGGGAGCCCAACUCUCAGCGGACGAAGGGUUUAAAUAAGUUCAGAUCCUGCCGCAUUUGCCACGAGAGCAGCUACGAG